GCUCCCCCAGCCCCACGAGUCAACGUUGCACAUUAUUUUCCCCUCUCACAUAACCUAAAAGACGACGACUUCCUCUCCAACUUUGUUGGACCCAUCUCUGACCUCGACGCCAUCUUGCACUAAUGCCUUCGCCUUUUGACCAGUCCGGCCAUGGACUUCCCGGGACGUCUCCCCGGCGCAGGCCUGGCCGAUUUGAUACGCGCUUCGGAGCUCCUUGCUGACCGAUUCGAUCUUGUGGCCAAGAGCCUCAACACGGCACCAGUCACCUUGGCUGCCGUCGCCAAAGAAUGCCGUGCCGUCACGGAUGCUCUGCGCCGGUUCGAGUACCUCCGCGAAACCAUCCCGGAAACACUGCCUUUCGAUCCUGUUCUUCUCGACGAGUCUUGCCAUGACGCCUUGAACUCCAUUUUCAACGACUUGUCGUCACUCGAUGUCUACAGCACACGCAUCCGCCCUGCCACGAGCGACAAUAAUGUCGAUAUGUCCUCGGGUCAGAUCACCAUCAUCUGGAAUGAACCAUAUUUAAAACAAAUGAUUCGUCAAACCAAAAUCGGCCGUCAAUCUCUCGCCUUUCUUCUAAAUUGUGUUCCAAGCGAACAUGUUACAUCCAAAAACCUCUCUACAUUUAUGCAUUCUUCUCGUUCAGUGCCAUGGCAUUGCGCCAUGAGCCCAGCAGUGCUUAACAAAGGCAGCCGCUUGCGGCUAUCAACUACUAGGGUUCGCCCGCGACCUGACAUCUACCCUAUCAGCGACCUGUCCGAGAUUCACUCGGCCCUGAAGAGACUCAAGCCGCCACCAGGCACAAUUUAUCGGCAAAGCCCGCGAACGACCAAGGAUCUUCACGACGCCAUCGACCGCGAAGACGAGGCUGCUGUGGUGAAACUAUUGCUUCAGAGAAUCGAUCCAAAUAUACCUCGCUUUGGCUCAAAGCUUUCGCCUCUGCGCCGCGCUCUCGGCCGCCAGAUCCCAUCCCUCGUGACGUUUCUGGUUAUGGCCGGUGCAGACCUCGAGGACCGCGAUGAUCAAGGCGAAACGAUCCUGAUCACGGCCGUCAAGUACGCGUACUCUGAAAAGAUCAUUGCACUGUUGUGCGACCUUGGCGCAGACGUCAACGCUGUUGACAACCUGGGAUGCUCGGCUGUUCACCAUGCCGCCAUGUCAGCUAACGAAGACGAUACUCUCGCUGUGCUUGUACAUGCUGGAGCGGACGUCGAUCACAGGGAUUUCGCGACCCGGACGCCUCUAAUAGCAGCUGUCCAGAAAUACCGUUUCAAAAGCAUCGAGAAGCUAAUCGAAUACGGCGCAGACCUAGAAACUCGUCUGCAAAAUGGCCAGACGGCGCUCCAUGUCGCCAUAUCAAUGAAAAGCAGGCCCAUGACAGAGUUUCUCUCAGAUCAGGGUGCCUACCUCGACCGACGGGUCAACGGGCAUACCGCCUUGACAUACGCAAUAGUCACGGAGUGUUCCGAUAUCGCCGAGGUGCUGAUCGAGGCCGGUGCCGAUGUCGACUUACCUGGUUCACAAGGUAACUUCCCGCUACAAGCCGCAGCCGCGGCUGGAGACCAACGCACCACGAAGCUUCUACUUUCCCGAGGAGCCAAAUACGAAGCCGUUGGAACUGACGGGUUUCUACCCGUUCACAUAGCAGCCCAUGUGAAUCAAGUCGAGGUGCUGCGGCUCCUACUCAAGGCCGGAUCCGCGAUCGACCCCAUCACCGAACGCGGUGAGACUCCCCUCGCAAUUGCAACGCACUUUGGAUGCUUCGAGGCCGCUCAGUUUCUAAUCGAAGCCGGCGCGGACGUCGACUACGCCACACCUGGGGCGGACAAUAUCAUCUGUCAGGCACUGAAAGCCGGCCACACCCGCAUCGCCGUAGCUCUGGUCCAAGGAGGUGCGGACAUCACUUACACGUUACUACGAAACGCCAGCAUGACGCCGCUGCAUCUUGCAGCCCACUAUGGGCAAAACGACGUCCUUACCGCCAUGGUCAACGCAGGGGCUGACCUAGAGAUCCGAACCUGGCCUGGCUUCACGCCGCUCUUUCCCGCCGUCCGGGCCGGCCAUCUUUCUACUGUGCGCCUGCUCCUAGCAGCCGGCGCUUUUUCGAGAGUGCGGUCGAUGUCAGGCGCGAAUCUGCUGUUUGUCGGCAUUGCCGAGCCCGCCAUGAUGAAGCUCCUCAUAGAGCUCGGGCUCGAUAUCCACGAGCGCGACCACCACGGCGCAACGCCACUCCAUUAUGCAGCUCUACAUGGCCACACUGCAACGGUGAAGCUCCUACUGCAGCGGGGCGCGAUAUUGGUCCAUGCGAGCGCAGUCUAUGACACGCUCCAUGACUACAAGCAGAAAGGCCCUUAUCGCCAGGGUACUCCCGCCGGCCUUGCACGGCAAAAUGGUCAUAUCAAGAUCGCUCGACUAAUCGAGGGCUGGAAAUACAAGCCCUGAGGGGCAGUUCGUACGAUCUGCCCGUAGUUUUUAUCUCUAUUAAACCCCACUUUCUACCCCUAUAUUUUCUUUCCUGUCAUAUGUUUACGGAGCUAUCACGGCAUCAUGAGAUACCCGAAGUUUAUAGUCAAGCGUUUACUGACGUACGUAUCAAUCACCAUCGGCCUGAACAGGUUUUUUUUUCCCUUUAUCCAAAUAAACUACAUGAACGACCUCAGAUAAAUGUUACCAAGGUGAUGACUCUGUUUGCGUGGAUGGGGCAAUCGGUAUAUCGUGCACAAUGCCUCCACAGCUUCCAAU